AUGAUUCGUUAUACGCGUCUCAUGACCUUGUUCAAUGAACGAGAUCUGACUUUCCCAGAAGAUGUUCUUGACGCUUUCGUGAGUUGUCUCGCACAUCUGAGCAGCAUAUUCCCAGGCGGUUUCAUAUCCGGUUUGCCGACGAUGUGCUUCGACGCCGCGCUAUUGUGGCAGCCAUGGGCAUAUCUGAAGAGACGGAAGCCCCGUCGACUGCCUGCUGACGACAUCGUUCUACCUUCAUGGUCUUGGGCAGGAUGGGAAGGCAUCAUCAACUCUGAAAGCUGGAGAAGUGCUGCCAACUACCAGAUUGAGUACUUGCCUGAAUCAGAGAUACCCCAAUUUACUUCCUGGAGAACCUUCAGCACGGUGGACUGGACGUACUCUAAGACGUUAACAUCGGAGCGGUACCCAAUCAACAUCCCUUCGCAGUUCAGGAGGCCGGCUUUCACCAAGCUUGGGGAUGAUCUUCCUCCAGGAUGGUCCAUGUCUGCGAAUCUGGGAGAAGAUGUUCAUGCAGUCCGACACUCAUGCGACCCAUCCGCAUCCUUUCGCUAUCCGAUUCCGAUCCUCGGCCAAACAGGACGCCGGCAACCUGUGAUCAAUGCUCGCUACCUGCACUGUAUCACGAGACACGCCUUCCUCGCGCUAGGCAAGGAGUUCCUCAACACAACAUCGGGCUGUCCUUCCGUGCAGCUCCUCACCAAAUCCGGCCGAUGGGCUGGGUGUCUCCGACUCAACUUCAUACCUUCUCAUGCGCGCGACGAAACAUCAACACCGUCUACCCCGACUCUGAAACAUCGCUCUCGGGAUACGUCUAAAGCUCUUCCCAGCUUUGCUUUCACCACCCCUUCGCCGUCUGAAGUCGCGGAUGCGCUCUUCGACCCUGAUCGAAUUGAAAACGAGUUGUGUGAGCUUAUCGAGAUAUCUGCUGGCUCGGUGGAGAAUUGGGAAAUCGAUGCGCGAAGCUUCGAUGAAUGGUAUCAAGAUGGCGCCUGGGUUAAAGGACUGUACGAGUUCGUCAAUGUACUCUGGGUAACGCGGGUGGAAGGAGUCGCAUAUCGCAAAGCGCUUGGGAGGAUUCAGAAGGAUGUGUGGGAGAACGAGGCGAAGGAUGAGAUAGAAGUCACGCUCGGAUGA